GAGUUCAACCCUCAAUAAAUGGAUCCCGCACACACUCUCAGUCGGUGUAGCAGAUCACGAUCGUGUGCUUGUGCCUGCUUGACUACAUGUUAGAGAUGGAAAUUGGAGACAAUGUGCAGAAGAAGCCUCUCUGCCUCAUCGCAGCUGUGUGCAACAACAGAGGCAUCGGGAAGGACGGGAAAAUGCCCUGGGAUUUACCGUCUGAAUUCCAGUACUUCCUGAACCACAUCACAAGGGUGUCAAGACCAGGAAAUAUGAACAUGAUGGUCUGGGGCAAACGGUGCUGGUUCUGCCACCCACAAUCUACUCUCCCACUAGCCAAUGCUCUGCAUGCGGUGCUGAGUACAACACUGGACACGCCUCCAGAUCAUGCCCACUUUGUGUGUAAAGACUUAGAGAGUGCGGUCCAACUAGCUGCACAGCCCCCUCUCGCCGGCCUGAUUGAGACCAUCUGGAUUAUUGGUGGGGCGCAGGUCUACGAGGCUGCACUGAAGCACCCAUGGUGUGAACUGGUUUACCUGACAGAGGUCAUGGCAGACUUUGACUGUGAUGUUUUCUUCCCUGAGUUUGACAAAGAACUCUUUAAAGAACAAGAAGAAGGAUUUCCAAAUGUACCGAGUGGAAUUCAAGAGGAGAACGGCAUCAAGUACAAAUUCCAUGUAUACAAAAGAGACACCAGUGAUGCGGUGUAGACAGCUAUAGUGAAAAUCAAUAGAUUGUCAGAGAACACUGAAAAUCUCUCAUUCCUUUAAAACCCUAUCAAGAUUUAUUGCAGAGUCAACUCCUGGAUAGACUGUAGAGACAUGCUGCCAAAGCCCAAACCCACAGUGUGUCAUUAUAGUUUUUAAAAUUUAAACAAAGCCAAAGUCUAUCUAACACUCUUUGUAAUACACUUAUUGAACAUUCCAGUGUUAACAUGACUUUUAUACUGUUUGUUGUCCAUGAAAAACUGAAACACAGAUACUUCAACAGCGGCCUAGUUUGUCCACCCAAGUCUUUAUGUGUAUCUACCCUUCCUCCAUCGCUGCUGCCUGGACGGAUAUUAUGAUUCGUUCUAGUAUUAAAAAAAUUCCCAGCCACCCUCUGCUGUCACCUUGUCACUUGUCAGCGUUCCCAUCUCGUCCUCCUCCUCAGUGAUAUUGCAGCUGCACAGAGAAUAUGCUUGUCAGUGAGUCAGUCAGCAGCCUACGUCAAUGACAGCCCAUGUUCUGGGUAGCACAGCAGAUCUGGGUCUCUCUAAGCCAACAUGACAGAUGCCAGUUCAGAAAGCGACGAGUGACUUGAGUGACUUGUCCCGCUGGUCCGCUUCGAUUCUAUAAUGACUGUCUGGUUAUUUGGAAAGAUAUGGAGAAAUUCACAGCUUGUGAUUUAUUGUGCUGGAAAGACAUUUUUAUCGAGGAAGGUUUUCACUGUGCAGUCUUCUGUAAAUCUAGAAGGGUUUUCAUGAAAUGAAUCAAUGUGAAAUCAUUAAUGGAGAAACAACUGGCAUUUUGUGGCUUUGUAUUUCAUUUUGAAUAAGAAUGAGCCUCAUUCA